GACUAAUAUUCGAAAUUGGCGCCUAAGUGAAUUUGCGCCACGAAUAUUUCUUCGGUAUAAAUAAGCGCGGGCGAAACUAAUUGGACAUAAUCAAAGUCUUACGUUAGUGGUGCAAACAAUUCAAGAAACUAGCAAAAAUGAAACUUUUCGUUGCUGCCUCCUUCGCCUUGUUGGCUUUCGCUGCUGCCGAUGUUUCUCACCUGGGCGGUGGUUACAAUUAUCCUGCUCCUGUGCAUGAAGCUGUACGCUCGCAGCCGAUUGCUCCCCAAAACACCUACAUCCCACCCGCACCACCAGCGCCAGCACCAGCUCAGGGCUACAGCUACCCAGCUCCAGCUCCAGUUCAUGAGGCUGUUCAAUCCCAACCGAUUGCUCCCCAAAACACUUAUAUCCCACCUGCACCACCAGCACCGGCACCAGCUCAAGGCUACAGCUACCCAGCUCCAGCUCCUGUUCAUGAGGCUGUCCAAUCCCAACCUAUUGUUCCACAAAACACCUAUAUCCCACCUGCACCACCAGCACCAGCACCAGCACCAGCACCAGCUCAAGGAUACAGCUACCCAGCUCCAGCUCCAGUCCAUGAAGCCGUGCAAUCACAGCCAAUCGCGCCACAAAACACCUACAUCCCACCCGCAGCACCAGCACCGGCACCCGCUCAAGGUUACAGCUACCCAGCUCCUGCACCAGUCCAUGAAGCUGUCCAAUCCCAACCGAUUGCUCCACAAAACACUUACAUCCCCCCUUCAGCAUCACUCGGUCAAGAUGGUUACCGUUACAAGACCGUCCGCCGUGUUGUCUACAGACGUCGUUUCUAAAUUCUGAAAUGAUCCGAACGCUCUGAUAAUUUGACUGAUUUUGUUACGAAACACCUGAUAGAUUUAAAUAAACGUUGUUGAAAUAUUUGAUAGAA